AUGGAUAUUGAAUUCCAUUUGCUUGAAACUAUUACAAACAAAUUUGCAGAUAAGGUUGGCAGUGGUGGGUAUGGUGAAGUUUACAAGGGGUUGUAUAAUGGAAAGGAGAUUGCGGUGAAGAGGCUUCAUCCCUUGCAAGGACUUGAUGAUAAGGCAUUUGACAGUGAAUUCCGUAACCUUAGUAAGGUCAAACAUAAAAAUGUUGUUCAGUUACUAGGCUACUGCUACCAAAUAGUUAAAAAGUUCGUUCCAUACAAUGGAGAACUAGUUAUGGCUAUGGAAAUGGAGAGAAUUCUCUGUUUCGAAUAUAUGGAGGGUGGAAGCCUCGAUAAACAUAUUGGAGAUGAAUCUUGUGGACUUGACUGGCAAUCAUGUUACCAAAUUAUCAAAGGGACCUGCGACGGUUUAAAUCACCUCCAUGGAGCACAUGAAAAGCCUAUUUUCCAUCUGGACUUAAAACCAUCCAACAUAUUGCUGGAUAAGAACAGCAGGACGGCCAAAAUUGCAGAUCUUGGUUUGUCCAGACUUGUUGCUUCAACUGAAACCCAUAAAACACAGAUGGCCAACGUCAAAGGAACAAUCGGGUACAUGCCACCAGAAUACAUAGACGGUGGUUACAUAUCAAAGAAAUAUGACGUUUUUAGUCUGGGAGUUAUAAUUCUGAAAAUAAUGACAGGAAACAAGGGCCACUCCCGUUGUUAUGAAAUGCCUCAGGAACAGUUCACUAAGCAUGUAAUAGAGAACUGGGAGGCAAGGCUGCAGGGAACAUCGGGGUAUUCAUCACACCAAAACGACAUCCUACAAGUGAAGAAAUGUAUUGAAAUAGCAGUAGAAUGUGUGGAGAAAGACCGAUAUAAAAGGCCCCUCAUAAAGGAUAUUGUCCAUCAACUGGAGGAGCUAGAAGCUAAGAUUAAGGAAAUGUCACUAUAUUCUGAUAUGCCAAUAGAUCUUACUGGUCAGACAAGUUCUAACUACAACAUUCUUGCGGUGGAUCCGGCAAUAGAGCUGCGCUUCCUAUUCGAGCCAAGGAAGGACAUAUCGACGUGUAUGCAGCUAACCAACCAGACGGAUGGCUCCGUAGCGUUUCGUGUCAUAACCAACCAAGCCAAGUACUCCGUACAACCAACCAAAGGAAUCAUGGCACCAUGUUCCAAGCGCUACAUCUAUGUGACCUUGCGCGCACAGGAUGCGGCACCGCUGAAUAUGCAGUGCAACGACAUGUUCGUUGUGCAGAGCACUCGUGUUAAUGACGGCCGCACGUCCGAUGGGAUCGCUGAUGACGAAGUCAUGGCAGGAACGGCGGUGGGUAUGGUGAGGCUGCCGAUUGUUUAUGUUGGGUGUGACCAAGUUCUAGGCUGA